AUGCUUUGGUGUAACGUCCUGCACGCAAGGCCCUUUCGAUCGUGCCUUUUUUGUUUUGGCAGAUGUGAAGGUGCAUCUCUCGUGCACAUAUCUAAGCUCGGGUAUUUUUCGUGGUUGGCGGAAGGAGCUGAUGUUCAUGGGAACCAAACCAUGACUGCCGACCUUGCAAUCAUGGCCCUCUCCCACUAUGCCGGCCCACAUGCAUUAGAUCCCAUUAGAUUUUUAGUCGAACUUGAUGGGCAUUUAUGCGGCACAAUGGUUCGUAGGUGUCAGCAGGAAAAUUUUAGGUUAGUAAGCAGUGGCUGUGCGUGGAAGCAUGAAGGGACUUCCCUGCUCCCUGAGAAUGGAAGGUUAAGAGAUCUUCCUGCACGAUGUGGGGAGGCAGGGACUGAUCUCAGUUUUCUCGAAAAAUCGUAUACAAACUGGUUACGAGGGGGAUUCAAUAAAACUGAAUCCAUGUGAACCGGGUGCCCCGGAGACUAGAAUUAACGUUUUGGAAGAAUUUGAAUUUUCAACAGGUCCCAUUGUAAGAAAAAGAAUGCGCUGCGGCUUUUAGCUUACUGCUGAUGGGUUGCCGAGGUUGGUAGUGACUUAAUUGUGACCCUUCUUUGAACCCCCUUGCAGGAACUGCCCUCAUUUUGUGUUAGCUGGAUUACCUUGACAGUUAGGGUAACAUGCUAGUAGAUUAUUUUUUAUGGCAUUCAAGCACCUGGCCGCUCAU